AUGGCUGCGGCUCCUCGAUCUCGCCAGCCCUCAAGGAGCGCAGCCGACUCGAGAGAGGCCCUGGCCUCGGCCGGGACGUCGCUCGGAAGGAGUGGAAAUGGCCGCUCGCGACCGGAAGCGGAAGUAGCGGAAGUGACGCCGCACGGCGAGCGGCCGUACCAGCCCUGCCCUCCAGCUCCCUCACACCACCUGCCUCACCUAAGCCUUGUGUUGUUGCUGCCAGUGUUGGGCGCCUGUGCCGUGGUGGGGCCAUUCCGGGGCCCUGAAUGGGAGCCAGUGCGGGCCCUGCUCUCUGAGGACUGCAGCAACCUGCUCAUUCUCUGCCUCUGUCAUCUGGCAGGUGGGCACUACUGGUACCUUAUCACCAGGACCCACCCCAGUAGGAGGCAGGUCAUCAAGGUGCCAAUGCAGAAGUGAGCAGUACCCUCGAUGAGAUGUGACACUUGUUUCAGGCUGACCCCUGAAUUCUUCUUCAGCCUUGGCAAGUUCAGGGCCCUGGAUGCUCAUGUCCAACAAUGGGCACCAAAGAAGAGAUGGAAAUACCAAAGGAGCCUCCAGCAAUCGUGGGCCGAAUACCUGGUCUGGCAGCAUCCAGGUCAGGACCCACCUUGGGAUUUCCACACCCCUUCUGAGCCAACCUUGUGCACCACCUCCUUUUCAAGUACCUGUAUGCUCCCUAAGGACAGUUCUUCGGAAGCAUGGCAGGUAUCCUGGUGUUUUGGUGAUGAGCAGACUAAUCUAUUUGUAAGCCACUCCCCCUGCCCUGAUACACGCCAAGGGAUGGAACAGCUGCUGGUCCCCUCCCAGGAAGAGUUGGUGCCACUGGAGCCUGUUGUCAGCAGGAGGUCCCACCCCACAUCUGUGACUUUAGUCAUCUCUCUCCCAAACCUCCUUUUAUCUCAGAGUCUGCAGUUCUGUUCCAGAGAGUUCCUGCCUGUUCCUUUCAACCAACGAGUAGGAAUGACCACCUUGAAGUCCUGGGGCUGCCCACAAGAGGCUUGGGUACCAGGGAGAGAAAACCAGAUGCUAGGCAGAGAGGAGAGUCAAGAGAUCCGGGCUGCAAGGAGUGAGAACCAGAUGGAGAUAGUCAGACAUCAGGAAGGCAACUCCCAGAGGACUUUGGAGGUCCUGGGGCGGGAAAGCCAGAGACUAGUAAUAAGUAAAACCUAUGGAGAUAUUCUGACACCAGGGUGGGAGAACCAGGACCAGAUGGGAGUUGAGAACAGAGCCAAAAUUCAGAAAGUAGGAGAGAGAAACCAGAGGGAGGCUGGAGUUGAGAAUCGUCCUGCAAUACAGGCACAUAGAAUAGAGAAUCAGAAACAGUUAAGAUGGAUAAUUGAUGCAGAGACCCAAACACCAGAGUGAGGGGUCCAGGACAAGAAUAGCAAGGAGGAUACUAUAGAGACCCAGGCAUUUGAGAAGAACAAAAGAGAGGCCAGAGGGGAGGAUGAAGGAGGGACCCAGGUUCCAGGAUUGGGGAAGCCAGGCCAAACUAGCAGUGAGAAUGAUGAGGAGACCCAGGUACCUGGGUGGGGAAAACAAGAUCAGAAUAGAGGUGAUGAUGGUACAGAAAUUUAGACAGAGGAGAGGAGAAACAAGGACCAGGUUGGAGGUGAUAAUGCUAUGCAAACCCAGAUAUCUGGGAGGUAGAACUUGAGAGAAGUAAAAAAAGAGGAAGGUGUGGAGACCCAGGCCCUGAGGCGAGGAAUACAGGAAUGUGUUGGAAGUGAGAAUGUUACAGAGCUCCAGACACCAGGGUGGGAUAAGCAGGAUCCAGGUAGAAAUGAGAAAGCUUGGAAGAUCCAAGUAUCUAGGGGAAGGAUCCAGAAACAACCAAAACUUGAACUUCAAGUAGGGUGGGGAAACCAAGGCUUAAGAAGAGUUGAGGAUGCUAGAGAAAGACAGAUAUCUAGAAGAAAGAACCUUAGGGAGAUAAAGGUGGAUUGGGUAAUGAUCCAGGCACUGUGGUGGGAAGAUCAGACACCAGUAGCAAUUGGAAUGGACAGAGAAUUCCAGACACCAUGUUGGGGGAAUCAGGACAGGAUUGGAGGUGAAUAUAGAACAGAAAUUCAGGCACCAGAGGAGAGAGACCAGAGAAAAGACAGAAGUGAGGGUGGUACAUAGGCCCUGACACCUGAGGCAUAGAACCAGGGACAAUUAAGAGGUGGAACUCAUGU